AACAACAAGGGAAAAAUAAAUACAUACGUGAUAUAACAACAUUGUAGUACAAAUAUCACUACCUGAAACAAAGGAGAUAACACAUACAUAUAGGCCCUAGUGAAUGGGUAAUGACGAAGUGUCGAUCGAUGUCGCUACAUUUUACAAUCAUACAACGGUGAAAAACGUCUAUAACUGAAUACCACUUCCACAAAACCGUAUCAACCUAUCACCAAACCUGAUCCAUAAAAGUUUACUUCAACAAACAUCCUGGAUUCUUUAUAAAACUACUCAAGAAAUGUGAUUAGUGAACAAAUUAGUGCUUGGAAAUUAUCUGUUUAAGAAAAUUAUUAUCAAAACUUUUUCAAAAAUGUUAGUGCCACCUGAUAUGAUUGCAGCCCAAUCCAAAAUGGUCUAUCAAAUGAAUAAAUAUUUUAGUGAACGUGUUCAAGCGCGAAAAAUUCAAAUUAAUAAAACAAUCCAAGAAAUUUGUCGUGUUGUCCAGGAUGUGUUAAAAGAAGUCGAAGUACAAGAACCACGUUUCAUAUCGUCCUUAACCGAUUAUAAUGGACGGUAUGAUGGUUUAGAAGUCAUAUCACCGGUUGAAUUUGAAAUUGUCAUCUAUUUAAAUCAAAUGGGUGUGCUUAAUUUUGUGGAUGAUGGUACAUUACCCGGGUGUGCAGUGUUAAAAUUAAGUGAUGGUCGUAAACGAUCGAUGUCAUUAUGGGUGGAAUUUAUCACGGCAUCUGGAUAUUUAUCAGCGCGAAAAAUCAGAUCACGUUUUCAAACCUUAGUAGCACAAGCUUGUGAUAAAUGUUCCUAUCGUGAUAUUGUCAAAAUGAUCGCCGAUACAACUGAAGUGAAAUUACGCAUACGUGAACGAUAUAUCGUACAAAUAACCCCCGCAUUUAAAUGCGCUGGUUUAUGGCCCCGAUCAGCGGCACAUUGGCCAAUACCCCAAAUACCAUGGCCCCAUCCUAAUUUAGUGGUUGAAGUAAAAACGGAAGGAUUUGAUUUAUUAUCGAAGGAAUGUAUAGCGUUACAAGGUAAACAAUCUGCCAUGGAAGGUGAUGCUUGGGUUUUAUCAUUUAUUGAAGCGGAAAAUCGAUUGUUACAAGGUGGUUGCCGACGGCGGUGUUUAAGUAUAUUAAAAACAUUACGUGAUCGUCAUUUAGAUUUACCUGGGAAUCCUGUUACUAGUUACCAUAUGAAGACUUUACUAUUAUACGAAUGUGAAAAGCAUCCGCGGGAAUUAGAAUGGGACGAAGCAUGUUUAGGUGAUCGAAUUAAUGGUAUAUUCCUACAAUUAAUAUCUUGUUUACAAUGUAGACGAUGUCCACAUUAUUUUCUGCCAAAUUUAGAUUUAUUCAAAGGUAAAUCACCAAGUGCAUUAGAGAAUGCAGCAAAACAAGUGUGGCGAUUAACACGUGAAAUGUUAACAAAUAGUCGGUGUUUAGAAAAGUUAUAAUUUGUGUUUUGUUGUUGUGAGAGAAAUCGAACGAUUUAUGUACGUUUCUUUUUUUUCUUUUUUUUUUUUGUUAUCGUAAAGAUGAAUGAUAGACAAUUCUUCAUCAAAUCCUUAACGAGUGUCCAGUUAGUGUGAUUGUCAACUGCUCAUAUCAUAUAAUAUAAUAUAAAAGUGAACUGGAAUCACUCGCAGCAGGCAUACUGAAUAUAUUUUAUAUCAGAAGUUUUUUGCAUUUACUUUACAUAUAUGUCAAUCAUUGUAGCCAUCUAUAAAUGUAAUAUUGCAAAUGUCAAAAUGUACUACAGGUUAUAAUUAUUCAUUAUUCUAUAUGAUUAUUAUUACAGUAGAAUCCUGAUUAUUCGAAAUGUUAAGGUAGUUGAGUUUGGGUUGACCGUCCCAUAGUGAUACAAAUAACAUUUUUAUACUUUUGAGAAA